AUGAACGCGCAGCUGGCGAUGGAGAACAUCGGCGAUCUGCACGGGGUGAGCCAUGAGCCGGUGCCCGCCGCCGCCGACCUGAUGAGCGGCAGCCCCCACCACCGGAGCGCGGUGGCCCACCGCGGCAGCCACCUGCCGGCCCACCCGCGCUCCAUGGGCAUGGCGUCCAUCCUCGACGGCGGCGACUACCACCACCACCACCGUCCGCCCGACCACGCGCUGACGGGCCCCCUGCACCCCACCAUGACCAUGGCCUGCGAGACACCCCCCGGCAUGAGCAUGAGCAGUACCUACACCACGUUGACCCCUCUGCAGCCUCUACCUCCCAUCUCGACGGUCUCGGACAAGUUCCCUCACCACCACCACCACCAUCACCACCACCCACCCCACCAGCGGAUACCGGGCAACGUGAGCGGCAGCUUCACGCUCAUGCGGGACGAGAGGGGUCUGGCGUCUAUGAACAAUCUCUACACCCCCUACCAUAAGGAUGUUACCGGCAUGGGGCAAAGCCUCUCUCCGUUGUCUGGAUCGGGCCUGGGGAGCAUCCACAACUCCCAGCAAGGGCUGCCCCACUACGCUCACCCCAGUGCCACCAUGCCCGCCGAGAAAAUGCUCACCCCAAACGGAUUUGAAGCCCACCACCCUGCCAUGUUAGCCAGGCAUGGCGACCAACACCUCACCCCCACCUCCGCUGGCAUGGUGCCUAUCAACGGGAUCCCACACCACCCCCAUGCCCACUUGAAUGCCCAGAGCCACGGGCAGAUCCUGGGCUCUGCCAGGGAGCAAAACCCUUCUGUAACUGGUUCGCAGGUCAACAGUGGAAGUAAUUCAGGGCAAAUGGAAGAAAUCAAUACCAAAGAAGUAGCUCAGAGGAUCACCACCGAGCUCAAGCGGUACAGCAUCCCCCAGGCUAUCUUCGCCCAGAGGGUGCUGUGCCGCUCUCAAGGGACCCUCUCAGACCUGCUGAGGAACCCCAAGCCCUGGAGCAAGCUCAAAUCCGGCCGGGAGACCUUCCGCAGGAUGUGGAAGUGGCUCCAGGAGCCGGAGUUUCAGCGGAUGUCUGCUCUGCGGCUGGCAGCGUGCAAGAGGAAAGAACAAGAGCACGGGAAGGAUAGAGGGAAUACACCCAAAAAGCCUCGGUUGGUCUUCACGGAUGUCCAGCGUCGAACUCUACAUGCAAUAUUCAAGGAAAAUAAGCGUCCAUCCAAAGAAUUACAAAUCACCAUUUCCCAGCAGCUCGGGUUGGAGCUGAGCACCGUCAGCAACUUUUUCAUGAAUGCACGGAGGAGGAGUCUGGAUAAGUGGCAAGACGAGGGCAGCUCCAAUUCAGGCAACUCAUCUUCUUCAUCAAGCACUUGUACCAAAGCAUGA